GUAAGAGCCGGUACAUAUACAGACAUAGGAGUAACUUUCCUACCUAUUGAAUUAUCCAAAUAGCACCUAUUUGUCCGCAGAAGGUAGGAAUACUGGGAAUAGGAGGAGGAUUUACAUAGUCUAUCUAUCCCGGUCCAUUUAUGAUUUACAUGUUCAUUGUUGGUGAAGUUUUAGCUCAAUUGCCUUAAGAUCCCUUCAUUUAGAAUCCGAAGUUUAUUUUUUUUUAGCAUGCCAGCAUGCUGAAAAAAGCAACUGCAGGGUGUAAAAGAAUGACAAUUUAGGGAUAAGGCAUUCAAACGGUCAAGAGUGAGGUCAGUUUUUCAUUAUCACAAGGUACUGAGAUAAUGCUGCACUACAAACCUGAGAUGCUUUUUAGUUGCCAUUAUCCAGUACCACCAGUAGACUAUGUGUUGUAAAUCAUACUGUUAGGGUUUUGCCUUUGCAAAAAUUUAAUAUAAUAUGAUACUGUAUUAGUUUAUUUAAAAUUAAAUUUAAACCUGUAAACAGUAAUCCUGCAAUAAAAUAGCCUAAUUCUCUUAUGACUAUUUUCUAUGAGAUGUUAAACCCCUAUCUGUCUUUUAUACUCUGUAAUUUUAUGUCUUCUUUAUACCAUAGAUGGCUUUGAUUAGGCCAAUUCUGCAAUUGCACUGUUUUCGCUGAUACUCCAUAGGUAACGGGUCAAAGUAUAUAUCAAUUAAUGACUGUAUUACUUUGGAAAAGCAUAUAUAAGCAGUGAAACAAUUUCAAACAAGUUCAAAGUUGGCACUCCCAAUGUAAAAUAUGCAAUAUUUUAUGAAUUGAUAUAACCUUAUAAUUAAUAAGGGUCAUAAUAAUGUGUUGAAUGAUAAAGAAUUGAAUGGAAAAUCUGUUAAAACUGAAUAUUGAAUUUAUAUCCUGAUAUCGUAUUAUAGCUGUAUAUGUAGAUCAAACAACAAAAUAAAUUGCACCCUAAAAAUGCCACCUAGAAAAAGGCAAGCAAAACAAGCUGUAGCUUCAUCUAGACCAAAAAGAGGUAAAAAGGAUGAUAAUUCCAAGAAGGAUGAUGCGAAUGACGAUGCAAAACAAUCUGCUGGUAAGGGAAAAAAGACUAAAAAUACUGCAACUGUUAAACCUGAUGUUAAGUUCAAAAAGGAAAAUACAAAAGUCAAACAAGAACCAGAUUCGAAAGCAUCUUCUUCAGAGGAAAAAGCAGAUAUAAAAAAGCUUACAUUUUCUGGGUCUGUUCCAGUAGAUGAACAUUGUGCAGAAUGUUCCUCUGGAUAUCAUGUUUAUAUUGAUCAAAAACAAAAUUGUAUAUACAAUGCAAUGUUGAACCAAACAAAUAUUGGUUUCAACAACAAUAAAUACUAUAUUUUACAAAUACUGAAGCAAGAUACUCAACCGCAAUAUGUGACAUGGUUUAGAUGGGGUAGAGUAGGAAAAAUUGCUGGCACAGCAAUUAAACGACAUGGAGGUGAUCUUUAUGCAGCCAAGAAUACAUUUAAGAAAAAAUUUCGUGACAAAACAGGGAAUAUAUGGAGUUCACCCUCUUUCAUAAAAAUACUAGGAAAAUAUGAUUUACUUGAAAUGGAUUAUGGGGAGGACACGAAAGAUGACAAAAAGAAAGUUGAUGAUGAGAAGAAAAAGAAACGAGAAGAAGUUGAAUCAAAAUUGGACAAGCGUCUUCAAGAAGUCAUUGAUCUUAUUUUUGAUGUAAAAGAAUUCGAAGCUUGUGUAAAAGAAUUAGAAUUUGAUGUCAAAAAAGCACCACUAGGAAAAUUAACAAGCAAGCAGAUAAAAGCAGGAUAUGAGACCUUGAAAAAAAUAGAAAAAUGCCAUCAAGAAAAUAAAUAUGGCCGUGAGUUAGCUGAUGCAUGCAGUGAAUUUUACACAAGAAUUCCUCACGACUUUGGCAUGAAAGUUCCACCUUUGAUCAGAACUCCUGCUCAGUUGAAAUUGAAGAUUCAACUACUAGAAGCUCUUAGUGACAUCCAAAUUGCAAUACAAAUGAUGGAUGAAGAUGAUGAUAAAACUGAUGAUGUUAACAUUAAAGAUCUUCAUUAUCAAUCUCUUGAUUGUAAGCUUGAACCCUUGGAUAAAACCCAUGAUGAAUAUAAAAUGGUAAAGACGUAUGUCAGUAAUUCACAUGGUUCUACUCAUAAUCAGUAUGCUCUUGAUCUAGAAAAUGUAUACAAGGUUGAGAGAGAGGGUGAGGAGCAGAGAUUCAAGAAAGACAUCGGGAAUAGAAUGCUACUGUGGCAUGGAUCUCGUUUGACUAAUUGGUGUGGAAUAUUAAAACAAGGUCUGAGAAUUGCUCCACCUGAAGCCCCUUCAACAGGAUAUAUGUUUGGCAAAGGAGUCUAUUUUGCAGACAUGAUUUCUAAAUCUGCAAAUUACUGCCAUGCAAACCACCGGCAACCAUCUGGUUUUCUACUUCUAUGCGAAGUCGCUCUUGGCAACACAAAUGACAAAACACAUGCAGACUACGAUGCAAACAAAUUACCGAAAGGAAAGCAUAGUACUAAAGGAUUGGGACGCGAAGAACCGGAUCCACAAGGCUAUCACACUAUGGAUUGUGGAACUCUCGCACCACUAGGAAAACCUAAAGCUGUUUCUGAUAAUACCAAUAGAUACCUGAUGUACAAUGAGUACAUUGUUUAUGAUGUUGCUCAAAUCAGAGCAAGAUAUCUUGUCAAAGCUAAAUUCAAGUACAAGAGCCAUUGGUAAUCACAAUUAUGAUAGUGGAAUGAUCAUGUAAGUCAAACAAAAUCUAUUAUGCUCAUUGCUCAGUCUAAACAUCCGACCCAUUAUAUUUUUUAUAAAAUUAUGCUAAGAGAAACUUAUUAGUAUGAUUUGAUUAUUGUUGGAAUCGAUUUUCAUGGUCAUCUGUAUUGAUUUUACUAUUAUCAUUAUUAGUUUACUUUACACUAGUGUAGUGUCUCACUUUAUUUCAUAUUUAUACUAUACUUGAUUGAACAGAAGUCUUGAUGAUAACUCCUAUGUGGCGUCCAACCACUGUUGCAUAAUUUUUUUAUACAAUAUGCAAUCUCAUUGUGUUAUGAUUUCUGCACACUUGGGAAGAUGCUGUUGGUAUCAAAUCUCAAAUGUAAUCCUCUAUUAAUUUAUGCAGCACAUAGAUCAGAGAACCAAGAAAAUAAAAAAGUAAAAAGUUAUUACUAUGUGUUUUCGCAGUCCCAAGAUAUAUAUACCAAAUUCUUCAAUGAAAGCAGUUCUAUAAUAAGUGAUUCUGUAUGAUUGUGAAUAGUAUAAUAUUCUCUAUUUUUAUAGUUGAAGUAGUAGUUCGUAGUGAUAAUAUUAUUACCUGAUCAUACAACCUGGUCAAUUGAACUUUAUAGAUGAGUUUUCUGUUAAUUGUGUUUGUGUCGAUUUUGCAACUCUAGUUGAAAUACACUUUUAUAUAAUGUGAUAAA